AUGGUGUACGUACUUUACGCCUAUCAACCUGGCACAACCAUUGCACUGGUUGCCGCUGCAUUAUUUGGAGCGAGUGCCAUAUAUCAUCUCAUAACUAUGUUCCGAAAGAAAACCUACUUUUACACAGCCAUGGUAGUCGGAGGUUUCAUGAUGACUGCCGGUUAUGUCUUUCGAUAUCUGUCGGCAAAAGAUACUUCUUCCAUAAUGCUCUACUCUGGUCAAUCGCUCCUCAUUAUCCUUCCACCUUCUCUCUACGCAGCAACCAUUUACAUGAUAUACGGCCGGAUCGUCUUAUUCGUCAAUGCACCAUCUGCAUCCGUGAUCUCUCCCAAAAACGUCACUAAAGUGUUCGUUGGUGGAGAUGUCGCAUCUUUUCUUAUGCAAUCUGGCGGGGGUGGUAUGAUGGCAACGGCCAGCAUGAGUUCAACUGGCGAAAAAUUGAUGGUUGGCGGCCUUCUCGUACAACUUCUUUUCUUCAGUAUCUUCCUCGUCAUCGCCAUUACUUUCGAACGUCGCAUGCGCUCACAUCCAAGAUUUUUCGAUAUCCCAGCUAAUGGAAAAAAACAUUGGCAUAAAUUGCUCAUGCUUUUAUUCGCAGCCGCGGUCUUGAUCAUUGUCAGAUGUGUAUACAGAGUCAUUGAGUUCUCACAAGGAUCGACAGGGACACUGAUGAGUCACGAGUAUUAUAUGUAUAUCAUGGAUACAGCACAGAUGUUGAUUGUGCAGUGUAUGUUUCACUUUGUACAUGCAGGAGAUGUUUUUCAAGAUGGGGUGGAUCCAAAGAAAGUUGCGUUGAUGGGUGAUAACUAUAUUGGAUUGAGCGAGGUAUAG